UUCAAGAAAAUAAAUAGCUUGAGGAUAUGACUUGCUUUAAGUAUGUUUUGAAAAACAUUAUAAAGAAAAAGUUGUUGUUGAUGAUGUUGGUUUUUUUUAUUCUUAUGAAAAUAAUGUUUCUUUUUAAACUUGAAAAAGCUCUGGGACUUCAGUGUUACCAUUGUUCAGCAUCCAAUUAUAAAACCUGCAACGAAUCAAGUACAAUAAAAGAAUGUCCAUACAGUUCUCGAUGUGUUACCUUGUCAGUUGAAAUGUACAGAAAAUCCUUGAACGUAUCAACCCUUUCUCAAAUAUACAAAAGGAGUUGCGCCGUUUCUAAAUAUGAUAGCUGUGAAAAGAACUGUAGGUUCUAUAAAAAUAUAGGAAACUUUUGUGUGGCGAGCUGUUGUGCUACUAAUCUAUGCAACUCAAAAGAAAUAGUAAUCCCUUCUUUUAUUCAUCGUAGAAGUCGUUCAUCAGCCAUUUGCAACUCCUCAGUUUGUCUAAUUGAUUUAUCAAUUGUAGUUUUUCUAUUUUUUAUUAAAGAAAAGAUUUAAAUUAAUUUAA